CGCCCGCGUGAGAAGUAGAGCAUCUUGUUUGGAAAAUUGUGUGCAGCUCUCUGCUGCAUGUGCUGCAUUCUGGUCCAGUUAUUCUUAUCGGGACAUCUCUCUGAGGAACAAUCUGGCCUUGGGCCGUUCCUCACGACACCAGGAAGGAAGGGGCCAAAGGCUGGCUCGCAGGCAGAGUGAUCCUGGGCCUGAAGCUGCUGAGAUCUGAGGGUGGUAGCUUGAGUGAGUUGGCUCGAAGCCACUUCGCCGUGUGGCCCGGAGGGGUUUAGCAGAAGUUUAUUAUGACUCAGUUUCCUCAUAUACAAAAUGCUUAGUCUUGUAAGACCAGUGGAAAUAAAAGUACACAGCGCUCAAUAAAUGUCACUUCCCUCUUUUUCCUCUCGGAUUGGCCAAGUCCGUCCUCUCAGACUCUUCCGGACGUGCGAACCCUAGCGUAAUGACGUAGGAGCAGAGGAAGAAUGUUCUCCACCCACAUCUCUGUUUCCUAGGAGACGUGGACUCCGCGUUCCUCUGUGUCGCUGCCCCCUUGACGUCAUGGUCCGAAUGGGAGGGCGGGGCGAGUGCUACAGUAGGGGCGGGGCGGCGCGGGAGGGCCAGCCGGGCUGUGCACCUGCGCCUCCGCGGGCUGCCUGGGGCACUGUCCCUGGUCCGCCCGGUCCCGCAAUGGCCAGGCCGCAGAGGACUCCGGCGCGCAGUCCUGACAGCAUCGUCGAGGUGAAGAGCAAAUUCGACGCUGAGUUCCGACGCUUUGCGCUGCCCCGUGCUUCCGUGAGCGGCUUCCAGGAGUUUUCUCGGUUGCUGCGUGCAGUGCACCAGAUCCCAGGCCUGGACGUGCUGCUUGGCUAUACGGAUGCUCAUGGCGACCUACUGCCCCUCACCAACGACGACAGCCUGCACCGGGCCCUGGCCAGCGGGCCCCCGCCGCUGCGCCUACUGGUGCAGAAGCGAGCAGAAGCUGACUCCAGCGGCCUGGCAUUUGCCUCCAACUCUCUGCAGCGGCGCAGGAAAGGGCUUCUACUGCGACCAGUGGCACCCCUGCGCACGCGGCCACCCCUGUUAAUCAGCCUGCCCCAAGAUUUCCGCCAGGUUUCCUCAGUCAUAGAUGUGGACCUACUGCCUGAGACCCACCGACGGGUUCGACUGCACAAGCAUGGUUCAGACCGCCCUCUGGGCUUUUACAUUCGAGAUGGCAUGAGUGUGCGUGUGGCUCCCCAAGGCCUGGAGCGGGUUCCAGGCAUAUUCAUCUCUCGCCUGGGCCUGGGCCUGCUGAGCCCGACAGUGAUGAUGACAGCAGUGACCUGGUCAUUGAGAACCGACCGCCUCCUUGUUCCAAUGGGCUGUCUCAGCCGCCAUGCUGGGACCUGCACCCCGGCUGCCUACUUCCUGGUGUCCGAAACUCUCUGCCCUCCCUGGAUGGCCAGGAACAGGCCAGCUCUGGCUGGGGGAGUAGCAUACGAGGAGGAGAUGGUAGCGGCUUCAGCCUCUGACAGCCAUGUGGCAAUCCUCAGUGUGGAUCUUCCUGCCACUGCUCCAACAAAGGGGCUCAGGCAUCCAUCUUCACGAAGACUUUGGGCCGGGAAAAGAUCUUGAUGGCCUCUUCUACCUGCACCAGCUUCCGGUCC